AUGGCUCCUUCGUCUCUUCCUCUCUUCACUAUUGGCUUCCUAGCUUUCUUGAUUGUCAUCCAUUCCUCCUCUAGUUUCAAUCCAAAGCUCCUCAACUACACUUCUACUGUCUCUUCUUCUGGUUGGUCUCCUGCCGGUGCAACGUGGUAUGGAGAUCCAAACGGGGCAGGAAGCACAGGUGGUGCUUGUGGAUAUGGAGCUGCUGUGGCCAUCUCCCCGUUCUCAUCCUUUGUUUCCGCGGGGAAUCCUUUUCUCUUCAAGUCCGGCAUGGGAUGCGGUGCUUGUUAUCAAGUGAAAUGCACUGCUAAUGAAGCCUGCUCCGGGGAACCGGUGACGGUGGUAAUCACAGACGAGUGCCCAGGUGGUCCUUGCCUUGACGAGAAAGUUCACUUCGACUUGAGUGGUACUGCGUUGGGUGCCAUGGCUAAGUCCGGAAUGGCGGAACAAUUACGAAGUGCGGGAAAGUUCCCUAUAGAAUUCACUCGAGUUGAAUGCAACUAUCCGGGUACUAACAUCGCCUUCCGAGUUGACCCGGGUUCAAACUCUCAGUACUUGGCUGUUGUUAUUGAGUUUGAAGAUGGGCAAGGUGAUCUCUCAGCCGUAGAACUCAAACAGGCGCCGGCUGGCACACCAGCAUCGAAUAAUUGGGUUCAUAUGGACCAGUCUUGGGGUGCUGUGUGGAAAUACAACGCCGGCAGUGAUCUGAGAGCUCCGUUCUCACUCCGGCUGACCUCAUCGUCAGGCAAGACCCUUGUUGUUAAUAAUGCUAUUCCAGCUGGUUGGCAGACACAGAGAACGUAUAAAUCCUUGGUUAACUUCAGUAACUAG